GGGGAAUCCCCAAAACAGAAGUCUUCUAUUUCAUGAUUUUUGAUUGGUGUGAUAUGUUAUACUAAGACACAAAAUAAGGAAAGAAAAAACAUAAUUAACCCCGUUUUUAUAGUCUAGAGAGGUUUAGAGCCCUUGCAGUAUACAAUGUCGAGUCAGUCAGUCAAGAGAAAGGGUGGUAAGCCAAACCGCGGAGGAGGCAGAUUCAACAAGCCCAGCGGUGGGAGAGGUGGAGCCGGGGGACGUGGCAAAGGAGGAGGACCAGGCUUUAGUAGGAAAGGCACAGCAGCAGUUUAUGAUGACGGAGGACCACUGGUUGUUCCUAGCCAAAAUAAUGACAGUCCCGAAAGGUCCUUUGCCCAUCAUUCAAGUUCAUUUACUAGGAGUAAGGUCAACAUGCAGAAGUUAUACAUGAGCAAUGAGAACCAAGACAUGGUGCGUGAUGUCCUGUCUCAGCUACACAGGAAUGAGACAACAGGUGAUGGUGAGUACAGUGAGCUUGACCAGCGCUAUACGAACCAAUAUUGGAUGAACGAACCAAAGUUGAUAAUCGAGAGUGUCCAUGUGAAUGACUUCGAAGCAGCCAGAGAUGGUGUGGAGGAAAAACGACCAGAGGAACUUUAUGGAUAUGGAUUGAAAAAGCUUCAAAGAUACGGUUUUGCCAAGACACGUUGUGUGGAUGCGUUAGAGCAGAGUGAUGGUGACAUUGGUGCAGCCUUGGAAUUUCUCUUGACAAAAAUGGCAGAAAAAUACAUGCAGACUUCUUGUGAAGCUGAGACAACGCCAGAAGAGAUACAGGAGCAACGCCAGGAAGAAAUGAUGGCUCUAGAAUCAAUUUAUGGUGACGACUUCAAGGAAAAAAUUGCCGAUAAAAUUUGGACACUUAAGAUGGAACUUCCUGCAUUGAAUGAAGUCAUCGAAUCACGAGAUGCAGCUGCUAAGAAAAAAGCCUUAGAAAGACUUCCGGUGGAUAACAGAGAAGUUUGUAGAUUCUUUUUACGCGGGAAUUGCAAAUUUGGGCAUCGAAACUGCAGGUAUAAGCAUGUGAUAGAAAAAGAAAAGGUCCCACAGGCUGUUUUGACUGAAAGUGAUAUGGAAACGAUGUAUGAAGUUGAAGUGCGUUUUCCCCAGGAUAACAAGUAUCCAUUUCAAUGUCCAUUGGUCGCUUUCUAUAGCACAAACGAUAAACUUCCGAGUUAUGUUUGCCUCAACUUGUCCUGUAGACUUAUGCAAGAGGCUCAGAACUAUGCUCAAGAUGGUUUACCAGCUGUUUUUUCUCUAGUGACUCUAUUAGAAAACCCUGAUGAACUUGAGGAAAUAUUUAGUCUUCCACGCCAUCCGUUCAGCUCUCCGGCACCUGUGAUAACAAACCAAACUGCUGCAAAAAGAGACCGGGUUGAUCGUGUCCGUGCUUCGAUUGAUGCGCUUGAUGUUGAUGAUGUCACCGUGGACCAGGAUGAAGAAAGCAGUGAUUCUGAAAGCGAGGCUGAAGCAGGGAAAUCGCCAAGUAGGGGAGUUAAGACUCGACCGUCUGGACCCCCACGUUUGUCUCCUGGAGAGAUUUUGAAGGAGGACAAGCAUCUCAAGUCGCACUUCCAGAGGAAGAAGACUCAUAGGAAUUACUUGAAAAUGCAGGAGACGAGACAAAAGUUGCCUGCUUGGAAGAAGCAGGAAGAGAUUUUGUGGCUUCUCAGGAACAACCAAGUUACCGUUGUCAGUGGAAUGACUGGGUGCGGUAAAACCACCCAGGUCCCACAGUUCAUCCUGGACUCGUAUCUGACGUCGUCCAACCCAAAUCUAUGCAAUAUCAUCUGUACACAACCAAGAAGAAUCUCGGCGAUGGCAGUCGGCGAACGUGUCUCGGAGGAGAGAAGUGAAAAGUUGGGAGGCAUAGUCGGAUAUCAAAUACGUUUAGAAUCUAGAAUGUCCAAAUCCACACGUCUUUUAUUCUGUACGACGGGUAUUCUGCUGCGGAGGCUGGAAAGUGACACGAACCUUGAUGGGGUGACACACAUUAUCGUGGAUGAAGUUCAUGAAAGAAGUGAAGACAGUGACUUCCUGAUCAUGGUUCUCCGGGACUUGCUGAUGAGAAGAAAUGAUCUCAAAUUGAUUUUGAUGAGUGCCACUCUCAAUGCUGACCUGUUCUCGAACUACUUCAAUGGUUGUCCUGUCAUUGACAUUCCAGGGAAAACGUUUCCAGUGGAUCGAUACUUUCUUGAAGAUGUCAUUGAAAAUACAGGGUUUGUAAUGGAGGAACACUCCCCUUAUGCCAGACCGGUGAAGUUUUCCAAUACAAGGAAAUUUGAGGAAGACAUCAAUGAGGAGCUUGAAUCUCUUGCACUAGUGCCGAGAAACUCGCAGGUCAGAGACAACAUACAGGAUCAGAAUCUUCGGAUACAGGACUUGUUUGUGAGGUACUCAGACUAUAGGAAAUCUACUGUGAAGGUGUUGGCGACCAUGGACUUUGAGAAGAUUAAUUAUGAUCUGGUCGAACUGCUGUUGGAGUGGAUUGCGGAGGGAGACCACGAGUAUCCCCGUGGUGGUGCUGUGCUUGUCUUCUUGCCAGGCUAUGCAGAAAUAACUACAAUGUUUGAACAACUGAUGUCAAAUCGCCUCUUUGGAAAGAAACAAAGAUUUUCAGUCAUACCACUUCAUUCAUCAUUGUCCAGUGAAGAGCAGCAUAUCGUUUUCAACCGUCCACGUGAAGGAGUCACCAAAAUCGUUCUUGCUACAAAUAUUGCUGAGACGUCCAUUACUAUAGAUGACAUCAUAUAUGUGAUUGACUGUGGCAAAAUGAAGGAAAAACGAUUUGAUCCGUCCAAAAGUAUGGAGAGUCUCGAAACUGUUUGGGUGUCGAGGGCCAAUGCAAUCCAGCGGGAGGGGCGCGCUGGCAGGGUAGCUUCAGGCGUCUGCUUCCACUUGUUUACAUCACAUAGGUUCACUCAUCACUUCAGGGAACAACCUAUCCCAGAAAUCCAAAGGGCCCCACUGGAGCAAAUAGUGUUGAAGAUCAAGAUUCUGGAUUUGUUUAAAGAUUGUGACACUGAGGAUGUCCUGCACAGGCUCCUUGAACCACCCUCACAGGAAAACAUCCACUUUGCCAUGAAACGUCUGCAAGACUUGGGAGCCCUUGAUGAAGAAUGGGGCCUCACCCCACUUGGAUACCAUCUUGCUUUCCUGCCUGUGGAUGUGAGGAUAGGGAAGCUGAUGUUAUUUGGUGCUAUCUUCAGAUGCCUAGAUCCUGCCUUGACUAUUGCUGCUAGCCUCAGCUUCAAGUCACCAUUUGUGGCUCCAUUUGAUAAGAGAGAUGACGCCACAAAGAAGAAACUGGAGUUUGCCACUGGCAACAGUGAUCACCUGACAGUAUUACAGGCUUACAAAGGCUGGGUCAGAGCUGGCAAGGGUGGAAACUAUGUAUCAUACUGCUAUUGUCAAGAGAACUACCUUUCUAUUAAGACAUUUCAGAUGUUGGCCAGCAUGAAGCGCCAGUUUGUGGAGCUGCUGUCAGAUAUUGGUUUCAUCAAGAGGGAUUUAUCUGCAAGAGAUAUAGAGAAGGCAGCCAGAGAUGGAGGAGAUGGUGUCAUUGAAUCUACAGGAUUUGAGGCAAAUUCCAAUUCGGAAAACAUCCGUCUGGUUCAGGCAAUGUUGUGUGCAGCUCUCUACCCCAACAUAGUGCAGGUUAUGACCCCAGAGCAGAGAUAUGUGGAGACAGGAGCAGGUGCUAUACCAAAAGCACCAAAGCCUGAAGAUCUCAAGUUCAAGACCAAGGCAGAUGGAUAUGUUAACAUCCAUCCCUCGUCCGUGAACUUCCAAGUGCGGUACUAUGAAAGCCCGUAUCUUGUCUACCAUGAAAAGGUCAAGACAUCAAGGGUAUUUCUUCGGGACUGCAGCAUGGUCUCGCCAUACUCCCUGGUCUUGUUUGGAGGAGGAACGGUCUCCAUCGAUCUAGAUCGCCUCCAGUUCAUUCUCUCCCUAGAUGAAGGCUGGAUACGAUUUCAGGUACAAUCUCUUCAGGUUGCUGAACUGAUUCGAGAAUUACGACAGGAACUAGACCAGAUGUUGGAGGACAAGAUUGAGAACCCCGACAUUGAUUUGUGCUUGUGCACGAAAGGCAGCAUGAUCAUCAGUGCAAUUAUAAAACUUGUUACAACACAGUGAUACUGGUCUUGCAUGUCUUGUCACAGAAGAAUUUACAUUUUUCGCCGACACAGUGAAUGAUUCAUGAGCAUCACAGUGCUAUAACUGACUCACAACGUCAACAUAUUUUAAGAAUAUGCGAGAAGAGUCUGUCAAGAGGAAAUGAACAUUCAAUUCGAAAUAGUGUAUCCGAAACACAAGGUAUUUCAUUUGCCCUUAUAAAUUUACUUCCGAGAAAUCACAAGUCUGUGCUUCAUAGGGAAUGUUGCAACCAUGUCUUUCGAUACGAUGGAUUAAAGUUUUGACCUAUCAGAUUAUAGUCUUUAUUGUUCAUUUUUCUGGCCUGAUGUUAUCAAGUCAUAGGUGGGGGGUUUUCGCGAUACUCUUAAUUUGCUUCCGUGGACGUUUUCAUCCAGAUAUUGUCAGGACGCAACUAAUACAGCAAGGUAUCAAUAUCUAUUCUAAAGGCUUGAACUAAACAAGGACAAUACAAUUCAACUGCUUUUUGGACCACUUCCACAUUUUGCACCAACCAUGCCAUCAGAACAAGGCAGGUACAUGCAGUUCGAGGUCAACAUGGUGUGGACAUAUAUA